GCCGGUCUCUGUGUUAUUGUUUAUGUUAGCCGCGAAUUAUUGAUACAAUAAUCGCUGUUUCUGUUUUUGCCAAUAUUUUGGCCUUAAUGAGAAUUAGGAAAGAGUAAAACGACGACAAGUGAAAGCCAUGGAUCUUCCACGACCGCCUCCAGAUCAAGAACUGCGAAACAUAAUCGAUAAACUAGCCCAGUUCGUGGCGAGAAAUGGACCUGAAUUUGAAAACAUGACGAAGAACAAGCAGAAGGACAAUCCAAAGUUCGCCUUCCUCUUCGGUGGCGAGUUCUUCAAUUACUACCAGUACAAAGUGACCACCGAGCAAGCUAUUUUGAAGCAACGAGGCAUCAGACCGGCCCCGAGCCAGGCCAAACCGCCUCCACUGAUGCAGCAGAGGCCAAUGCUGCACCACCCACCGCCCCACCUGCAGGGCGGCCCCCAGGGCGCUGCGGCCUCGCCCAGCAGUCCUUGGAUGAUGAACCAAAUGCCGCCUCACAACCUGGCUGGGCCACCCCCACAAGCGCAGAUCCUGCCUCCGGCACUGCACAUGCCGCAAGGGCCUCCACCACCCAUUCUUCCGCCAAGUAGGCCACUGCCGCCGGUUGGACCCACUCUUGAGUCCAUUGUGGCGCAGCAGCAGAAACUGCAGGAGCAGAUCCAACAAAGUGAACAAAAUCUUGCCGCGCAGCAGCAGGUGAUGGCCCAGCAGCAGCAGACACAGGCAGAAGAGGCGAUCCGACAGGCGCAGGAGGAAAAGUUACUGGUGAUGGCAAGUGAGGAAGGCAUCAUCUGCACUGAAUUGAACGCCCUUCUCCAACCUAUUAUAAAUUCAUGCACCAAAGAUGCCAUAUCACAAGGCAAGGGGUGGAUCCUGCACAAGUCUCAGAACAAUCCGAGAGCAAAUACGGUCAUAGCUUUGCAGCUGCUGCUCAGGUCGACUGAGCCAGAUGCUACGUUCAACCAAAAGCUGCACAUUAUCUACUUGAUAAAUGAUGUCCUCCAUCAUUGUGUCCGAAAAAAUGCGGAUGAAUUGAGAAAAGACUUGGAAAAGGUUGUCGUUCCAAUGUUUUCGAACGCAAGUGUAAACGUCACAGAAGAUCAGAUCGCAAAACUCAACAAACUUGUUUCCCUGUGGGAGAGCAAAAACAACUAUUUCGACGCAACCAUCAUAGAGCAGCUGAAAAAUCCUCAGCAGUCCUAUGCCAACUACCGCGCUUCUCUGGUCGCAGAGUUUGCCAAUAUUUUAACGCCCAUUACUGCGCAGCUGCAGUCCACCUUCGAGGGGUACCGCACGCAACACCAAGCCUUCGUCAACCAUGCCACCCAGCAGAUACAGAGCUUGGAACAGCAGAAAAUUCAACUUGAGCAGCAGCAGCAACAGCAAUCUGUUGUAGCCAGUCAGAUUCCAAUGGCACCGGAGUGCAGAGAUCCCAGAGUGAUAGCGUCAGUCCCGCCACGACCACCACAAGACAUCAACUUUUCCCAGCCGCCUCCAGGCUACGUGCCAAUGAACAUUCCUCCUCCGAGUCUUCCAGACUUGAGUAAACCUCCUCCAGGUUUUCCACCGCAAGCGCCAGUGGUUGAGCCUUGUCGGCCUGAAGAACUGCUGCCCAGCGUUCCUUACUUUGAGCUGCCGGCCGGAUUAAUGGUCUCACUUGUAAAGCUCGAAGACACAGCAUAUAAACCCUUAGACCCAGAUGACAUUCGGUUGCCUCCUCCGGCGCCGCCCAGCGACCGGCUGAUCGCUGCAGUAGAAGCCUUUUACGGUCCACCAAGCCACGAAAGACCCAGGGACAGUGAGGGAUGGGAGAAACUUGGGCUGUAUGAAUAUUACCGCGCCAAGAGCACUGCUCAAAGAGCCAAAGAAGAGGACAUUAUGCGAGGGGCAAGGGAAAUGUCUAGAUCGCCAAGUCCGAUUAUUAGGGAGCGAUCGAGAAGCAACUCUCCCCCACGGAGGAGGUACCAAAGCCCUCCUCUGAACAAUGGUCAAUUGAGCGAAGCAAACAAAGAAGCUGACUCAGAGCAGCGUCGUCGGAGUCCGCAGUCGGCCCGCUCUCGAAGGUCAAGGUCUCGCGACAGAUCUCCUGGUCCAUCUCAGUCGCGGAGCCGCGAGAGAAGCGUGACCCCGCCUUCCUUCUUUGGCUCGGCAUAUGGCGGCGCAAAGCAGGACCAGAGCCUCGACGAGAACAACAAAGGUCACCAGCUGCUGAAGAAGAUGGGCUGGGGUGGCGCUGGGCUCGGUGCCAUGGAGCAGGGCAUUGAGCAGCCCAUUUCCGGAGGAGAGGUUCGUGAUAGGGUGGACCAGUACAAAGGAAUUGGAAUCAAUCUCAAUGACCCUUACGAAAACUUCAGGAAAUCCAAAGCACAGUCGUUUAUUACCCGAAUGAAAGCCAGAGCAGCAGAAGAGCCCGCAGCAUGAUAAAAUUUGUGUGUGUCAAGGGUCUGCAUUUGACUUUUAAGUUAAGAGAAAUCAAUGUGCUGUAAUAAACUAGAACUUAAAAUUUUAUUCAGAAAA